AAACCGGAAGUAGAGGCGCUGCGCUCUUGUGGAUAAUUCGGCGUUGCUUACACGUGUUUUCACUGCCGCAGGAACGUGGCGUUCAGUGCUUCGUAAACAGGGGAACAUUUAGAAAGUUACCUCAACAAAACGUCAGUUGUUAACACGUUCUUGUAAUCUCGUUAGGCUUCUCGUACCAAUAUGAAGUACAUCCUGGUCACGGGUGGUGUCAUAUCUGGUAUUGGUAAGGGCAUCAUUGCCAGCAGCGUGGGAACAAUCCUCAAGUCCUGCGGCCUUCACGUCACAGCCAUCAAGAUCGACCCGUAUAUCAACAUAGAUGCUGGCACCUUUUCACCGUAUGAACAUGGCGAAGUCUAUGUUCUUGACGAUGGCGGCGAGGUCGAUCUGGACUUGGGCAAUUAUGAGCGAUUUCUGGACAUCCGUCUGACCAGAGACAACAACCUCACUACUGGAAAGAUUUAUCAGUCUGUAAUCAACAAGGAGAGGAGGGGAGACUACCUGGGCAAAACUGUACAAGUGGUCCCCCACAUCACAGAUGCCAUCCAGGAAUGGGUGAUGAAACAGGCGAGGAUUUCCGUGGAUGACGAUGGCAUGGAGCCUCAAGUUUGUGUCAUUGAGCUGGGAGGCACAGUGGGGGACAUCGAGAGCAUGCCCUUCAUAGAGGCCUUCAGACAGUUCCAGUUCAAGGUGAAGAGGGAAAACUUCUGCAACAUCCAUGUCAGCUUGAUACCACAGCCCAAUACCACUGGAGAGCAGAAAACGAAACCCACCCAGAACAGCAUCAGAGAGCUGCGAGGCCUGGGCCUGUCUCCAGAUUUGAUUAUGUGCCGCUGCACAACGCCUUUAGAAACAGCUGUCAAAGAGAAGAUCUCCAUGUUCUGUCAUGUGGAGCCAACACAGGUCAUCUGUGUCCACGAUGUGGCUUCGGUGUACAGGGUGCCACUGCUGCUGGAGGACCAGGGUGUUGUGAGCUACUUUUGUCAGCGGCUGAACCUCCCUGUGGAGAUGAGGCCCAGAAAGAUGCUCACAAAGUGGAAGGAGAUGGCUGACCGAACCGACCGCCUCCUGGAGCAUGUCUCCAUAGCCCUAGUGGGAAAGUACACUAAAUUAUCCGACUCCUACACCUCGGUUAUUAAGGCCCUAGAGCACUCAGCCCUCGCAAUUAAUCACAAGCUAGAGGUCAAGUACAUAGAUUCUGCAGACCUGGAAAGCACCACUCUGCAGGAGGAGCCAGUGAAAUAUCACGAGGCCUGGCAGAAGCUCUGCAGCUCUCAUGCUGUGCUGGUGCCAGGAGGUUUUGGAGUGAGAGGCACAGAAGGCAAGAUACAGGCUAUUAACUGGGCAAGGAAACAGAAUAAGCCUUUCCUGGGAGUGUGUUUGGGCAUGCAGCUGGCAGUGUGCGAGUUCGCCCGGAAUGUUCUCGGAUGGGCAGAUGCAAACUCCACAGAAUUUAACCCAGAAUCCAAACACCCUGUGGUGAUUGAUAUGCCAGAGCACAACCCAGGGCAGAUGGGCGGGACGAUGAGGUUGGGGAAGAGGCGGACAAUUUUCAAAUCCAGCACCAGUGUUCUGAGAAAACUAUAUGGAAACGUGGAAUAUGUAGAGGAGCGGCACAGACACCGGUUUGAGGUGAAUCCUGAGCUGAAGCACCACUUUGAGGAAAAGGGUCUUCAGUUUGUUGGUCAGGAUGUGGAAGGAGAGCGAAUGGAGGUCAUUGAAUUGGAGGACCACUGUUAUUUUGUUGGCGUGCAGUACCAUCCUGAGUUCACAUCCAGACCCAUCAAACCUUCCCCACCUUACUUCGGCCUCCUGCUAGCGGCUGCAGGGAAACUGCAGAGCUUCCUGAGCAAGGGCUGUCGUCUUUCUCCUCGGGACACGUACAGUGACCGCAGUGGCAGCAGCUCUCCUGAGAUGGAGAUCUCAGAGCUGAAGUUCCUCUCUUUGUAGGUGUAAAUGAAUUCAAGGCCCAGAAGAAAAUCUGCUCUGCCCUGAACUGCCCCCUCAAAACCAAAACAUGCGGUGAACUGUUUUGACUCAAUCUUUGGUGAACUUCUUAAUGGUUUUAAUCAUGCAAUGGACGUUCUUAAAAUUAACUCUGGUGUGUUAGAGUUGCUCCUAUAACCAAAAGCAAAGAUGAAAAUAUUUAUGGAAGUGUUGUAAGGAAUGAUGUGGGGUUUGUGAAAGGGAGAAGAGUCAGGGUGAAAUAUUAAAAGGACUUUGGGGGUCGUGAGGUCAGGGUCUGUCCAUCCAGAUACUGGAAAAACCAGCGUGUGAAAACUUUAAAUUUGAUCCUAUUUGAAUUGCUUGUUCCUUAUUUUAUGUUUUUCUUUUAGAUUUCAUGCCAACGCUAGAACACUCAUUCAGCAUUUCUACACACAAAGAGGCCAAGGUGCCACAUUGUUUAUGAAAUCAUAAUUUGAUUCUGUAGUAUUUGCAGAUCCAUGCAACUCAGUGCUGCUGCUACUUUUUUAUUCCUCCUACCUAAACGACCUUAUCCAUUACAUAACUUAUAUUCUUGAGAAAACAACUCUAUUGCCUGUUGCAGCCAUACGUGACCCAAAACUAGAAUAAGAUGCACCGAUGCACGGUCCUCUUUAAGUGAAGCAGAGUCAACUGUACGUAUGAAAACUUGGUCCUAAACGAUAUCUGUCACUUUGAAUUCAUAACUCUCUCUACAGGUAACUUAUUGAUGUGCAUCCUUGCAUUCUCUGUUCCUUUGUAUUAAAGUCAUGCUUUGGUUUUUAUAUUUAUGGAGCACAACUAUGACGUGAUGUGGCACUGUUCUGAAUAAAUGCAUCUCGUGACAA